AUGGGGAAGCUCGGAGCCAAGUCCGACUACGAGAGUCUCCGCAACGCCCGCAUCUCCGAGAACAUGGCCAGGAUGGAGAUGCUCGGCCUUCUCCGCUGCGCGGGAGAGCUCAGCGACAUCGCCUCCGCCUCCAGCCACCGCGCGGCCGGGAGCGCGACGCCUCGGAGGACCCCCAGGCCACAGGUGACGAGCAUGACCCCGCUCCGCCGCUCCGGCCGCCUCCUCGCCGCGACGCGCCGCUGUUCCGCCCGGCUGAAUGGGCAGGGCACAGGAGCUCUGAGUAAAUUGACGGCGGCGGGAUCGGAGGAGGAGGAUGAUACAUGGGAAGAUGAUAAGGAGGGGAAGUGGGCGACGGCGGUGGCCAAGGAGAGAGUACAGGCGCUGCAGGAGAGGCGGUGCGACAGCAGGGGAGGGAGGCGUGUACGACCCUGUUCUUGGGAUCUGCUGCCAUUUCUGCAGAAGAAAUUGUGCGGUGAGGAGGACUGCAAGCGCUGCGGGGAAGGAGACCUGAAGCAACCAUGUUUAGGAAAGACAGAGUGCUCAUCUUGCCAUUCUUCUAAUGGGAUACUCUGCCGUGCUUGCCUGAAAAUUAGGUACGGCGAAGAGAUGGAAGAGGUGAAGAAGAACAAGAACUGGUUGUGCCCUCACUGCGUUGAGGAGAAGGGUAUCAAGAAAUUCUGGAUAUGCAACAGUGAUUUAGUGAUGGUGGUAGAGAUUGUAGUGAGUCCGUUUUCUGGCAGUUCAGCUAUUAAUGUUUCUGUUGAAAUGAGUCCCACUUUUGUGCCCAAGAAUGUGAAGCUAGGAGAACAGUCUCAGUGGCCUUCUGAGUGGCAGCUUGUCUGUUUAUUGUAA